AUUCUUCUUCAGUUCGAAAAGCCCAUAAUUAUGGUAAAAAUCACAAUAUGAAUGUUAAAAAUUAUUAUGCUGAAUUGGGUCAAGAUAAGGCACAGGCAAUUAUAGAUGAAAUCACAAAAGCUUAUGAACAUGCUGGUGUUUCUGGACAACCAGGGUUUCCACCUCAGUAUGGGUAUGCUCCUGGU